AACAAACAAAAUAAAAAUAAAAUAAAAUCUCACGUUUCUUCUCUCUCUCGAGCCUCAAGCGACAAAUCUAAUUAGGGUUUUUGAGAAUCUUCAUCUUAAUUUCAAUUCUUCAAUCUUAUUCCACUGUGUUUUGCUCGUCAGGAUCAUCCGCAAACCAUGAUUUCAGAUUCGAUCACCAACGCUUCUGCUACUGCAGCCCCUAGCGCGAGGGAUUCCGGAAAGAAGAAAAGGAACAAUAAGUCGGCUAAGAUGAAGCAGAACAAGCUCGGUCUCCGCCGUGAGCAAUGGCUUUCUCAAGUUGCGGUGACGGAUAAGGGUUGUAAGGAGAAGAGGAGUGUUAAUCGCAGUGAGAAACCUAAUCAGAGAGAUAACCCAGUGGAGAAUUUAGAUGGGCUGCGUAGAGAAGAGGAUAAUAACGGUGGUAAUCAUCACCAUCACAGCUUUAUGGAGUCGCCUUCAAAUAGCUCCAUGGGAGGUACAGAUAUGAGCACUAAUUUCAGUGGGAGAAGCAGCAGGAGUAGCAGUAGCAGCAGUGGGUUUUGCUCUGGUAACAUAACAGAAGAAGAAAAUGCAGAUGAUGAUGAUGAUGAUGAUGGGUGUGUGGAUGAUUGGGAAGCUGUUGCUGAUGCAUUAGCGGCUGAGGAAGAGAAUCAGAAAGAGAAACUCCUCCGUGAGUCUGUCAAAGAGCAAGAGAGUGUUGGACAAUCAGCUUCUAAUGUGGGUGAGUCGAUCAGUGAUGCAUCAGAUGUGGGUGUUAAAGAUGCAAAGCAAGAUUGCUUGAGAAUGCCAUCAAGGAAGCAAAAGAGUAAUCGAGCUUGGAGGCCAGACGAUGACCUACGCCCUCAGGGUCUACCUAAUCUGGCGAAGCAGCUUAGUUUUCCUGAGUUGGACAAGCGUUUUAGCUCUGUGGCCAUUCCGUCUUCAUGUCCCAUAUGCUAUGAAGAUUUGGACUUGACGGAUUCGAAUUUUCUUCCUUGUCCUUGCGGAUUCAGGCUCUGUCUUUUCUGCCACAAGACGAUUUGCGAUGAGGAUGGGCGUUGUCCAGGUUGCAGGAAACCAUAUGAUCGGAAUGCCAUCAAGGCUGAGACUAGUGUUCAAGGUGGUGGUCUAACAAUCCGGUUGGCUCGUUCGUCUAGCAUGUUUUGCAGGUUUUAAAAAGCAGAGGUUUGGUUUUCGCAAACCGUUGGUGUCUGUUCGAUUUCUCUGUUUCCUUCACCUCAUUUUGCAUCAGUAUUGGAACUCUCUCUCUGGUUAUUUCUAGCUUAGAUAAUGUGGGUAUAGUGUUGCCUUUUGGCACUCAAGAACUUGAGCUUUGUUUUCUAUGUCAUCGAUGUUUCUAAGUCUAAAACAUUGUGGUGAUGGUGAUGUAGAGUGUUGUGUGAAUACAUAAAAGGUGGUACAGAAAAUUCAAAUACAUAAAAAGAGUUUCAAUAAAUGCUAUUUUCUCAU